GUUUCGAAUGUUCUUUGUUCACCAGGCAACGUUUUGCGUCAACUCCCUAGCUCACUGCUUAGGAGAGACAACCCUUCGAUGACCGGAGAUCAUCACGUGAUCGUCUGAUCACAAUGCCCUUCUAGCAUUGAGCGAAGGGUAUCAUGAUUUCCACCAUUCCUCUUCCCUCGGACUAUCGCAAUGCAGAGAAAUGGAGGCAAUAUGAUCCGACUAGUAAAUGGAUUAUCGGGAAAUAUGGGGUCAGCUUGGGCUUGCUCAUGACCUUGAGACAUUUCGCGGCCAACGAGAUUCAAAAUUGUCGCCCUGCAACAACGGCAAAAGCUUCUUGAUCAUGAGAGAAGCUGCAGCUUGAUUGGGGGAAUUCCCAU